CUUGUGUGCCGAGUCUAAUUUAGACGCCUGGUCGACAGCGUGCAGCAUAAUUCACAGCUCUGGUGCGAAGGCACGGCAUUGUCAGGCAACUUUUGUCUAAAUUUAAGGUAAUCUCUUCCUUUUCUUCCACUCGCUCCUGACAAGUCGUCCCUGUGUAUUCAACAGCUUCUCUUUUGGUCACAGGCACUCUCUACAUACCAUCCUGCUAGAAGCAAGUCCUCUCAUACGGCCUCAUCACUUUUGGAGUCCUUCUCACCACAUACACCUUGUUCGAGAGUCAACAUUGCGGGGUAGGAAGAACGAAGUCCCACUAAACCACUUCAACAUGGACGGAAUAGCGGAGAAACCACUCUUGGAUCAACUUGAUAAACUACCAAAGAUACGGCAAUUUGAUGCAUUCCCUAAAACACAAGCAAGCUACACACAAAGAUCAGCAAAGGGUGGAAUAGUGACAAUCUUUGUCGCUUUGGGUCUGUUGAUCUUAGCAUGGAAUGAAGCAAGAGAUUACCUUUAUGGUGCACAGAGAUAUGAGUUUCAAGUUGACAAUCAUGUCUUUAGUGGUAUGCAAAUCAACUUGGAUAUGACUGUAGCUAUGCAAUGUCAUUAUCUAACAGUCGACGUGCGAGAUGCCGUUGGAGACCGAUUGCAUCUAUCGGAUAUCGAUCUACAAAAAGAUGGAACUACUUUCGAAAUUGGCCAUGCAGGUCGCUUGGAUUCACUUCCUGAUCGAAAGAAUACACAUGUAGGAAAGACAAUCUCAGCUUCCAAGAAGAAACAGAAAGCAAGCUGGGGUCGAGAUGCCAGACCUGAACAACAGAAACACUUCAAAAAGACUGCACAUGUGGUAGAAGAUGGACCGGCAUGCAGAAUCUAUGGAUCAAUAGGAGCAAAACGGGUCACAGGAAAUCUACAUGUCACCACACUUGGUCACGGAUACUUUAGCUGGGAACAUACCGAUCACAAAUUGAUGAACCUUUCACAUGUCAUUCACGAACUCAGUUUUGGACCUUAUUUCCCGCAUAUCGCUCAACCUUUAGAUUCAAGCGUUGAAAUUUCAAACGAACAUUUUGCAGUUUUUGAAUAUUUCGUCAAUGUGAUUCCAACUUCCUUUUUGGAUAAAUGGGGACGUAAAUUGGAAACGAAUCAAUAUAGUGUAACUGAUUAUACCCGUGUGGUUACACAUGGUCAAGGUGUUCCGGGUAUCUUUAUCAAAUACGAUAUGGAACCUUUGACGAUGACAAUUCAUGAACGAACGACAACUCUACUUCACUUCCUUGUUCGUUUAGCCGGUAUCUUGGGAGGUGUUUGGGUUUGUGCUGGCUUUGGAUACAGAAUCGGUGAUCGAAUGAUCAAGUUGGUCGGAAAGAUGCGCGAAGAAGGUGAUCCAUCUUAUGAAGAUUAUGCAAAGAGUUACAGUACCAGCUAUGCAACCUCUCGACCGGCUGCCAAUUUUGCUCAACGUGCAACAGGCGCAAGCGGUUGGUAUGGUAAUGGAGGCACACAUAGACAUACCGAAUCAGUCCAGCAGCGUAUCUUCUCUGAAGAGGGUCGGGCGCCAUGGUAAAUGUUAUGCACAAUACCGCAUCUUCUAUGCUCAAAAGUUUUAAUCAUCUCAAAAGUACAUAAACACUUUUUAUCCUUACAAAUUCUCAUUGUACUCAUAAAUCUCAAUCCUAUGGUAUUGUCAUGUGAAGCAAUAA